UCUGGUCAGCCUCAGUUCAUGUGGUUCACUGAAUUUAAGCGUCCAUCCUAGAUUGUCACUGCGCUUUGAAACGUUAGCUAUUUUGACAUUUUUUACAGAGUCCAGUUUGUUUGGAACAGCGGGACAAAAUUUUAUCUGGAGACUUGAGGCAUCAGGAAGUCUUGUGUUUUUCAGGAGGAGACCAGAAUCCUUCGACUGCUGACAGGAAAAGUCCUCAAGUGACAGCUGUUAUCAAUGGAGCCCCGACUCACAGAUAUCGUGAGGGUUGUGUUCAUCUUGAUCAUCCUCAUCUCUGCAGGUUUAAGCGAAAAUGACCUGGACUGGAAGUUUUGCGGCACCUGGCGCCAUGGCAAUGACUCCCCGAGCCUGAAACUCAACCUCUCCCCAGGCUGUAGUAUGAUGUCCAUCUCAGCUACUGGAAGCACUCUGUCCAUCGAUGGGCAGAUCACAGCUCAGUGUAGGCAGUCUGAUGUGAUUCUCCUCAAGGACCUUGGAAUUGGUUCUGGGGAGGAAACUCACUUCUGUCUGUACUGGGAGCCAUUGCUGGACCAGUUGAAGCUACAGGUGAAUCAGACAAAGGAAGAAGGAGGCGAGGUUGGAGGGAAGAACCUCACUCUGUGCUGGCCUGCCAGUGUGCAGGGCUCCUGCUGCACCGAUCUGUCUGAUGGUCCCAACACAUCCGAAGCAGCCUACGGCAUCAUGAAUGCUAUAGUCAAAAAUGAUUUUGUCACCAGCAAAAUUCGAACAGCCUACAAGUUCGAUGCACAUUCCAUCGACUGCAAAGCAUUGUGUAGUCAAGAGAGCCAGGGAUCCACCCAAGUCAACAUAGCUAAAGAGACUGCGGUGAUGUCCUGGGAUGGGGUUCAUAUUCAGCAUCCCUGCGCUCGCAGCUACGAGGUGGAGAUGAAGAAGGAUUUCAGAGGCGAAAACGUCAUAUCACCUGCCACUAGAGGUGUAUCUGCAGAGUCCAAUACCACUGUCUUCCUCCCCCCUGCUCUCAAAAAAGCAGCAAAAAACACCAGCAAAGUAGUCUGCACUUUCUUUAAAAACAACUCACUGUUCCAGGACGGUCACAGGAAGAACAGGGUUCUUGAUGAUGUGGUGGAAAUCAAUGUGGGGAACGAGGUCAUCACUGAUCUGUCCGAGCCAAUUAAGAUUGACUUUUACCAUGAUGUCCUACCUGAAAAAUAUCCGAGGAAGUGUGUUUCAUGGGACACCAGGAAAGAUCCAUUGCAGGUCAAUUGGUUGGUGGAUGGAUGUGAGACAAAACUGAGAGGGGCUAAACACACGGAGUGCCUCUGUAACCAUCUGACCUACUUUACUGUACUUGUGCAAAUGGAGCCUCGUCCAGUGCGCCACCUCCUGGCCCUGACUGCUAUUACAUCUCUGGGCUGUGCUGUGUCUGUGAUCAGCUGCAUAGCUCUCAUAAUUUUUCUCUGCAAAAAGAGCAAGCGAUCUAAGGAACAGUCCAUACCCAUCCACUUAGGCCUAGCUGUGUCUCUCGCCCUUCUAAAUCUGCUCUUCUUCUUUACUGGAGUACUUGCCAACGGGGUUGGGGAGAGCAUGUGCUCCUGGGUGGGGGCAAGCCUCCACUACACCCUACUCAGCUCUUUCACCUGGAUGGGCAUAGAAAUUUUUUACACUUUCUGGAUGGUCUACUUGAUUUUCAGCCCCUCACCAAAGCCGUAUAUAUGGAACCUGAUUGGCUUUGUUCUCCCUGCUGUUCCUGUAAUCAUCCUGGCUGCAGUUGGUGACAUUUAUGGAGUGAGAAAGGUGGUGCCAAGCGAUGACAUCCACAAUCCCUAUCUGAUGUGCUGGAUGACAACUACCUACAGUGCCUUGCUGGCCCACUAUUUCACCAAUAUGACAGUCCUGGUUAUACUGGUGUCCUCGGGCAUUGUGAUGCUCUUCCUGGUCUACAGGAAGAUCCGAACCAGAGAUGAAUGGAGGCAGAACCGUGUGGCUUUUUUCAGCAUCUGGGGCCUCAGCUGUCUCUUCGGGACAACUUGGGGUCUGACAUUCCUGGACUUUGGGCCCCUCUCUGACUUCAUUCUUUUCCUCUCCUGCACCCUCAACUCUUUUCAAGGUUUCCUCCUGAUGCUGCGUUUCUUCAUGCUGGACCGGAUGCGGAAACAGGCUGGUGGCUCUUCUCUCGGCAGCACCAGCACCGGGUCCACCAGGCAACACAUGCUACAGGCCCAGGAGAAGAGUUAGAUGGACCUAAAAAGAAAAGGUGUGGCACAUAAAUCAAUGCAAAUCAAAUCUGCAGCAGUAAAGCUUUUUAUGUAAAAAAAUAGUCUUCUUAUCAAAGUAAAUGAUAAAAUGGAGAAGAACGGUCCACCUCUGACUGCGGCACUGCAGAAUCACUUUUUCUUCAGCCGUAAGUCAGUUGUCAGCUGUGGUUUUUCCUGGGAAAGCUGAGUCAAGUGAAUUCCCACAUUUGAAGAGUGACUCUAAAAAGCGCUGACUGAGCUCUCCAUACAUCCUACAGCUCUCAUUCUUGGUGUCCUGGGUUGGUAAACACAAGUACACAGUGAAAUUCACAGACAUCACCUCACUGGAGCACCAGAUUAUCAAGUUAAAUUGACUUAAUCAGUGCAAAGUGUGCGUAUGAGCCAUCUCAUGAGGAGAAGAACAUUUUGAUCCAUUUUGUUGUAAAUUAUUUUUGUUUAGGUAGAGCUACAGAUCAGACUCAGAAAAGUGUAAAGCACAUGGAUGGAGAUUAAAGGUCUUCACGUGUCCCAAAUGAUGGACCUGAACCCUAAAAGACCUGGGAAAUGUAUUCAGUGAUCCAACCGGACCUGAAACGAACGUUUCAAAAAUAUAUUUACAUGACACAUAUUUGCCUGAUAUAUUACAGAUUCGACAGGAUGCAUUUUGGAGAGGACUGAGGACUCAGGGAUCUCGGGUCUUGGGUUUAUUUUAUUCACUCAACAAACCUGGUAAUUUAAAAUUGCAACUAAAAAUGCUAUGCUACUGCUUCAAAUACCAUGUCAGAUAGGCUUACAACACAGACUACUGUUCUUCCUCGUCUAAAUGGAUAUAAUGUUUAAUUACAUUGCAGAUGUCUAUUUUUAUUUUUUGUGUUUUUCAAUUUUCACAUUUUUUGUGCUAACAGUUUAUGGUAGUUGCAAGCUGCUUAGAUCGCAUAUAAAAUAAUACCAGUUUGAACUUUUGUCAUGUGACACAUCAGUAACUUGUUUAGAUUGUCCACCAUUAAUUGUGCAGUUCAAUUUAUGGAAACCGUGAGCAUCAGAGUACAGUUCAUUCAGAUUUACCGGCAUGGGAAACAAAAAGGGGAAAAAAGUUGACUCCCUGCCUUUGAAGCAGUCAUGGAGUCUAUAUGAGUCCAUUCCUCAAUCAUUUAUAUUCCUUUAGACAGAUGUAAAAUGUUUUUUCAUCAAAUUAAUCCAGGUUAGGAACAGUGUUGAGCUAUCCUCUAUCCUCGGCUCUGUCUCCAGCUCCACUGAUCACAAGAGACCAUACUUGGAUAUUACACAAAAUGAUGAACAGACCCAUGACCACCACUCACAGACUGAGAUUUGACUCAGAGCAAAAAUGUGGACCUGAGCUUGCACAGGUCCUGCGUCUAAGGGUCUAGGUAGACCCUUAGAGACCUCCAAUGGAGAUUACUGUAAUCACACUCUGCUGGAAGUAUUUUAAUCAACAAAAUCCACUUUGCUGUCAAAACAUCAUGAAAAAGAUACUUGAUUCUUCUUCUCUGGGAAAUAGAGAAGGAAUGACAGCAUCACUCAGGAACUCGUCAUACAGGCCUGGAGCUUGUAUUUGUAGAAUACCUAGACUGGGUCUAGUUUAAGAAGGGAAAACUUUUUUUUUGUUUUAUUUUUUUUUAUUUUUUUUAUGGUAAACUGGAUGUAAAGUUAAGCUUUAUAGUACUGUGUUGUCAUUUUUGUAAAGUUGUCAGCAAAGAAAAUCUAUAGGCUAUAUUAUUAUUGAAGCUCUCUUUGAACCUUAGAUAAGCUUUUUAUUUUUUAUUUUGUACUGUGUAUGCUUUUGUGUUUUAGCUCAUUUUAAAUCUUUUUAGCACUUUAGAUUCUCAGCCUUUGAAAAAAUUUUAAUUAUAGAACCAUAGUGAGUUCUUUUUUGUAUUGUUCUGAUGUGCAUAAUAGAAGGCAUUAUAUAUAUGGCUUGUGCAUUAUAAAAUAAUAGCUGAAUGUUUUAUAAUAUAUGACUCCAUAUUUUUUCCCAGACUGUAUUCAGACCUUCAGUUAAAAUGUUUAACAUAAAUGGACCAAGUUGCAUUUAAAUUAGGGUAAUUUUAACUAGAUGUGAUGUUAGAAUGUGAUCCGAUUUUAAAAAGAAAUUUCACUUUUGUGUAAAGGAAAAUUCAUUGAGUAGGACAUUUCUUUCAUCUCAUGUAGAAACCACAAGUAAGUUAUUACAUACUGUGAUAUUUGCACUUUUUUUAUUUUCUAAGGGUAAAUUUAUGUCAUUCAAAACAGUGUGUACAGUUGGGUGUAUAUAGAAAAUAAAAAAAAUGGCUGGGUAUUAAAACAAA